UGGAGGUGAAGGUGGAGGUGGAGGUGCUCGGCUCGCGGGCGGCGGGCGGCCGAGACGGUGCAGUAAGGCGGCUGGGCGGGUGCCCAGGCACCGGCAUGGCUGGAUGGUGGCGCGCGCUGCCGCGCGCGGCCCAGCGCUACCCGUGGCCCACCAACGUCCUGCUGUACGCCGGGCUCUUCUCGGCCGGCGACGCGCUCCAGCAGCGGCUGCGGGGCGGCCCGGCAGACUGGCGCCAGACGCGGCGCGUGGCCACCCUGGCCGUGACCUUCCACGCCAACUUCAACUACGUGUGGCUGCGCCUGCUGGAGCGCGCGCUGCCCGGCCGUGCGCCGCGCGUGGUCCUGACCAAGGUGCUGUGCGACCAGCUGUUCGGAGGGCCCAUCGCCCUCUCGGCCUUCUAUGUCGGUAUGAGCAUUCUUCAGGAAAAGGAUGACGUACUUUUGGACUUGAAACAGAAAUUUUGGAACACGUAUAAGACAGGUCUGAUGUACUGGCCUUUUGUACAGCUGACCAACUUCGGCCUGGUUCCCGUCCACUGGAGGACAGCUUACACUGGACUCUGUGGUUUCCUCUGGGCCACCUUCCUCUGCUUUUCCCAGCAGAGCGGCGAUGGCACUUUGCAGUCAGCAUUCGCCUUCCUUCACAGAAAAGAGGCCGAUGUGGGAGGAAGGCACCCAGGGAAGUGAGGAGGCAGGGCCCCCCUUAAUGGGACUACCUUUUGUCCCCAAAGUGCACUGAAUUCCCUGCAGAGAAAGCGUUUCAUUCAUCAGGUCUGAGCUCCAUUUUGAAGAAUCGCACUUCUGUACACCCAGUUGCUUUUAAAUGAUCCAUAGUUCCUUUAAAUUCCAUGUAGAUCUUCUCCCCCAGUUCUACUCUGAAAAUCCUGCUUCUUUAAAGCUUUUGCUUUCCUGGUAUUUUGGCUAAAAUUGACUACAGUGGCAAAAGGGCAUUUUAGAAUUAUUAAUAUUUCUGUUCUAAUAUUUUAGUGCCUGUUGAGUUCAGAGACCCUGUGCUACUUGUUUAUAUCUCUAUUUUAAAAUCUCAGGUUGUCUCCUAAACACUUUUGGAUCAGAUUACCUUUUAUAUCAAAUAUAGUCCUGACAGUGCAUUUCUACUUACAUAGAACUCAAUCAAGGAGAAGACUGAAUAAUCAGAUUUCCCCUCUGAAAUACUCUAUAAUAAUUAUUAUGCUGAUGUUUAAAUUCUAUAAGUACACUUUUAUCAUCAAAAAAGAAUAGAGUAUGAUGAGCAUUCCAAACAAUAUUUUAUUGAUGUAUUCUACUUUUAUAUCAUAAUACCUAAGUAAGUUCUAAAAAAACUAAUAAUUUUUCUUCUCUGAGAGGAGAAACUUGAGUCCAUACUGUACCAGGGAAAAUAGUUACUCCAAAUCUCACACAGGUGUUUUGUUUUUUCUUCUUGAAAGCUCCCUGGGUCAAAUUCAAGGUCUUGCUCAUGCUAACAAGCACUGCUGAGCUACACCCAGCUCACUGAUGUGUUUUUAAGAUUCAGUGCUUUAAAAUCAAUCUGUAUACUUUAAAGUAGGUGUGAGAAACUUGAGCCCGUCUUUCAGAUUUAUCCAGUUUGUCUAACCUCGACACCAGCAGGUUUAAAAAUCAUGUGAGUAACUGGAUAUGGUCAUGUGGACGGUGUCCCAGUUAUUCAGGAAGCUGAGGCAGGAGGACUCCGUGAGCCCAGUUUCAGCCACUUUCACUCAACAGCUACUCCACAAUUCUGUUGCUUCCAAUGACCCGUUUCCCAAUUUUCUAGAUGUGAAGCCUUGAACUCUUUUUUUCUUUCUUUUUAUUUUGGGUACUGGAGACUCAACCCAAGGUGUUUUACCACUGAGCCACAGUCCCAUCCAUUUUUGUUUGUUUAUUUUUUAUUGAGAGACAGGGUUUGCCCAGGCUGACCUUGAACUUGUGAUUCUCCUGUCUUAGCCGCCUGAGUUGCUGGGCUUACAGGGUCUGCACCACCACACCUUGCCCCUGAACUCUUUUUUUUUUUUUCUCCUUAAAACUCCUAAUUUAUCUUGAGAAUUUAUAUUUAAGAUCAAUUUUAAGAAUGUAUUUGUAAAUUUGUAAGUCUGUGAUUUGUAUAACUUGUAAUAUGUUUAUAUAAUUCUUAAACAUGUAACUUUUAAAUAUAUAAUUUAUUUGAAUUAAUAAAUGUUGAUAUAUUUUACAUUUGGAUAAUACUAAGAAAGUUUCUAGAAGGUUGAAUUCUAAAACAAUUUUUUUAUUUGCAUUAUUUCAAAAGUAGUUAAUACAACAGAAAAGCCAUUUGUUAACACAAAGCAAAUCGUGUCAUCGAAAAAGUGUAUCCAGGAUAAUUAUAAUUAAGUACCACUUGUCAAAAUUUUUGGACAUCUAGUUUCCAUCUGCAGUCUCCAGAGAUCUGACCCUUUCCAUAAAAUUGAAAAAUGGAGUCUUGGUGCGGGGCUUGGGGUGUGGGAGGUGGUAGCUUUCUUUCUCUAUGAAUGGAGAUGGGGUCUUGAAGGAGAAAGUAUAGAGAAAUAAGCAUUUAGGGGCUGGGAGUGGGACUUGGUGGUUGAGCAUUUGCCCAGCAUUUGGCUGGGUUCGGUCCCUAGCACUGCAAAAAUAAAAAAAGAAAAGAAAGGAAAAGCAAGGGAAAAAAAUAUACAUAGUGUCUAACACAGAGAGAAAUUUCCACUGACCAUUCCUCAACUUUCAAAAAAAUGUAGGUACUUUUAUCCAGCUCACCUGUAAUUAAAAAUCAUUCAUAAUUUGCACCUUAUCAGCCUUUUUUGUAGGCAAAUUAAUAGAAGUCACAGGAGAGGCUGGGUAUGUUUAAAAUCUUCUAGCAAGUGUGACUGCCUUAUCCUGCGACUUCCAUAUUUUUUCUCAAAAUCUGUUCAGUUGGGUAAUUUGGUGGAUAGAGAAAUUGAUUAUUUGUCUGCUGUAAUGCCAGUAAAUUUGGUAGUUAUGGAUCACACUGGAUUUACUUCAGGGGAAGGAAGCUUUGGGAAGAUUUAAUUAUUACUAGAUUUGCAAUGAUGCUGUUUGGGCCAGAAUAAGAAACUGUUUAAUGAAUGAAAGAAACGAAACAUACUAAAAGUUAGGGUUCAAAGGGGGAACAUUUUCAUUAAUGACUGUAAUUUUGGUUUUUAGUGAAUCAAGGAAAAAAUUAUUCUAUGUCUUUCGGAUUAAAACCCUAAAAAGAAAUUUUACUUUGGCAUUUUGGGUUGUGUCUCAAUAGGGCCUUCACGUUCACUGUGUAACUACACUUGACCAAAUUAAAUGUGGAUAGUCUCCUUAAUAGAGACGGAUUACCGGGAAUAAUUUCUAACCCAUGUGCCAUCACUACAUAUUUUAUUUGAUUACUAUUUUUCUUCCAAAGUCCAUCAUCUUUUAGCAUUCAUUUGCAGCUAUCCAAAAAUAUUUUUUGCUACAUGGGUAAUUUACUUGUAGUUCAUUGAAAUUUCAUGCGAAUUUCUUCAGAGUGUUUGCCAAAACAAAUUAUGGUCUAGAACAACCAUAAUAUAGUUUAAGAGGCAGCUUUCAUUUAAAAUUAGGUUCAUCUUCUGGAGAGUAUUAAAAAGUUAAUGAAUUUCUGUGCCUGAAGUUUUUGACUUUGGAUUCACUUUAUUUAAUCUAUUGUUACUCAUGAGCUUUAGAACUAAAUUGCCGAAAAUGCAAACUAUUGAAAUAUUUUCAUUUAAUAUCGCUGGCAGCCCAUAAAUGAAAAGGGAAAUCUGGAGUUUAAAGAUAAAGAGCAUAUGAAGAGAUGUGAACAGAAGAAAAUAAUUAAUAAUAUUUUUGGUACACAUUCAUUGAAAGCCUGUCUUUUUCUAUUUUUGGUGUGUCUAUCUUUCCUUAACUGAAUAUAUAUUUUUAAGAAUUUUAUUUUCCUUAACUGAAUCUUGAUUCACGCAUCUCUUCCUUGCUCUGGGUGGACUCUCCACCAAAGCCCCCCUCUCCAGGGCUGGAGGUGCGGCUCAGCAUGUGUGAGCCCUGGGUUCUGUCCCCAGCACCCACAAAGAAAACGCCCCAAACAAAAACAAAAUCUAGAUCGCUCACCUGUCUCCGUUGCCAGUACUUGGACCACUCGAACACUCCAGGGUGGUAGAAUAAUGUCCCUAAGGUCAGGGGUCAGUACCCACGUGGUGGGGACAACCACACAUUAGAGAAGGUGGUACCCCCCUUCCCUCUCCUUCCUCUGGGUGCCCCCUAUCUCUGGCUGUAGUGCUCUCUCUUUCAAAAUAGUUCUCGCUUCUUUUUUCUUGCCUCUCAAAACUCCUGUUCUCUUUCCUUUGGCUGAUUUCAGCUACAUGUUCCAAAAGUAGUCUUAUGAAACUAUUUUACUGUGAUGUGUAGAAAAGCCUUUCUAUAUUAUUUUUUUUUAAUUUGUUCUUUUUAAAAAUUUAUGAUAGUAGAGUACAUUUUGACACAUACAUGCAUGGAAUAUAACUUAUUCUAACGAGGAUCUCAUCCUUGUGGUUAGAUUUUAUUUUGUUAUUGCUAAUACAACUUAUCUUUGGAUGGCUUUUCAGGAACUCUUUCUGUGGGGAGAGGGGAGGUUAUAUUUUUUUGGCAGAAGACUCCUGGUACAUGAUGCCAUCCAAUUUCUGUUGGAUGAAAACCAGCCUGGCAAAGAUCAUUGCCAUCAUUGUGAAUUUUUAGCAAAGUCUAGUCAUUCUCUGUUGGCGCAUCUGUCUUCCCUACCAGACCACGAGCUUGGAGGAAGAAUAUAUUUCUUAUUCAUGUUUGUAUCUGAGGGGUUCUGCACAGGGUGGGCAGAGAGCAGAAACUCAGCAAGAAUGUGAAUGAAUUUAUGUAGUUUGUGGAUUGUUUUUUCUGUCUAAAACUGAACGGAUCACCCUUUCACUUUCAUCUCCAUUUGCAGACAGCUAUACUGAGUUAAUCUCUGUACAGCCCUGACUUUCUCCAGCUGUAGCUCCCAGGGCCAGACAGUUGUUCUCUUGGAGGUAGAAAUGGCUUGUGGGAUUUGGAUCCUCAGCCCUGCUUGCAUGUAUCCCUCAGAAAAGCAACCUCUCAUGUUUCUCCCCAUCUCUACAAGACCAGGGUGUUGGUCUUUAAAAGUUGAAUGGAAGCUGGUUGCAGUGGCACAUGCCUAUAAUCCCAGUGGCUCAGGAGGCUGAGACAGGAGGAUCACAAGUUCAAAGCCAGCCUCAGCAGCUUAGGGAGGCCCUGUCUCAAAAAAAAAAAAAAAAAGCGGGGAGGGGGCCUGGGAUGUAGCCCAGUAGUUAAGCAUCCCUGGGUUCAAUCUUAAAAGACAAGAGUUGAAUGGAGCCGGACCUGGGUUCCAUCCCCAGCAUUCCAAAAAUAAAUAAAAACUAAAAGUUGGAUGGAAUGAUAGUGGGGUCUUCCCUAAACCACUAAAUAGCCCUUGUGCAUGUGUAUUACUAUUUAAUAGUUCAUGGUGCAUACUAGGGCUUGUCUGAGUGAUGACUGACAGAUCACACCUGUUACACAAUUGCAGGAACAUGCCUUCCUGCGACCUCUGAAAUCACAAUAGGAGGUGCCUGCUUGUUCUUCCUCUUCUGCAUUCACUCCAUAGGACGAGAAAGGCCACAUGACCUGAAAAUGGAAAUUGAGCCUGAUGGCCAGACAGUGCCAAAUAAUAGAAUUGACUGCAUUUCCACAUUGGGUUGCUGAUGGAUGGAGUGUGUGCGCUAUGAAUUUGUGCCUGUUGGGGACUGAGAACUGGUUCCUGUUAAGUGGCAAACCUUCUACUACCGCUGGAAGGCCACUGCAGGCUACCACAGUGCUAUUCUUUACUUCUAUACCAAGGUCAAAUGCUUGGUAUUUGACCUUGGUUCCUGCCAUGUUGAAUAUUACCAUUUAGUAUUCAUGAUGAAUGUUCUAUUUGCUUACUUUCUAAUACUUGUAUCAGUGUCUUGUUCCUCUGAGCCACGUGGCCAGAACGUUCUUUUCCUAUUUCAGGUGGGAAGCAUUGUAAAAGCAACACCAGUUGCUUCAUUUUCGAGUUUAAAUUUUAUGUAUCACUUAUGGAUAUUAAAAUGUUGAUGUAGUUAUGACUGUGUAUGUAAAAAGUAAAUGAAUUUUAAGCAAAUGAUUGACUAUUUUGUGUUAUUGGUGAUAUAUAUGAGAAAUAUAUAAGGGUAAUGAGAUGUA